AUGGGGUUAUUCAGAGGUUUGGUCUUCCUCUUAGUUCUAUUCCUGAUACAGAGGUCGAACACUUCCCUUGUGAAACUGAAUGACAAUGGUUAUGAAGACCUUCUCAUUGCUAUAGAUCCUGGUGUGCCAGAAGAUGGAAGAUUAAUUGAACAAAUAAAGGACAUGGUCACUACAGCAUCUACUUACUUGUUUGAAGCCACGAGGAAAAGAUUUUUUUUCAAAAAUGUUUCUAUAUUAAUUCCUGAGAAUUGGGAAAGAAGGCCUGAAUAUACAAGGCCAAAACAUGAGAGCUACAACCAUGCUGAUGUUAGAAUUGCAGCACCAGCCCUCCCAGGCAGAGAUGAACCAUACACCAGGCAGUUCACAGACUGUGGAGAGAAAGCAGAAUACAUUCAUUUUACUCCUGACUAUGUACUUGGAAAAAAACAAAAUGAAUAUGGACCAUCAGGUAAAUUGUUUGUCCAUGAAUGGGCUCAUCUCCGCUGGGGAGUGUUUGAUGAGUACAAUGAAGAUCAACCUUUCUACAGUGCUACAUCAAAGAAAAUUGAAGCAACAAGGUGUUCCAUAGGUAUCUCUGGCAUAAAUAGAGUUCAUAAGUGUCAAGCAGGCAGCUGUGCAACUAGACCAUGCAGAACUAAUUCUACAACAAAAUUAUAUGAAAAGGACUGUCAAUUCUUCCCAGAUAAAGUUCAAACAGAAAAAGCAUCUAUAAUGUUCAUGCAAAGCAUUGAUUCAGUGUUUGAAUUCUGUAAUGCAGAAAACCAUAACCAAGAAGCUCCAAGUUUACAAAACAUUAAGUGCAAUUAUAGAAGUACAUGGGAGGUAAUCAGCAGUUCUGAGGAUUUUGAAAACACCACACCCAUGGCAGCACCACCUCCUCCACCUGUCUUCUCAUUGUUGAGGAUCAGUGAAAGAAUUCUGUGCUUAGUUCUUGAUAAGUCUGGAAGCAUGUCUUCUUUUAAUAGACUCAAUCGAAUGAAUCAAGCAGCACAAUAUUUCCUACUACAGACUGUUGAAAAUGGAUCCUGGGUAGGGAUGGUCCACUUUGACAGUGCAGCCACUAUUAAAAGUGAGUUAAUCCAAAUAAAAAGUGACAGCGAAAGAAACAAGCUCUUGGAGAGCUUACCUACACAAGCUCUUGGAGGAACUUCCAUCUGCUCUGGAAUUGAAGCUGCAUUUCAGGUGAUUGAAAAGCUAAACUCCCAAAUAGAUGGAUCUGAGAUAGUGCUGCUGACUGAUGGGGAAGAUGGCACCACAGGGAGGUGUAUUGAUGCUGUGAAACAAAGUGGGGCCAUCAUUCAUUUAAUUGCCUUGGGACCAUCUGCAGAUGAAGCAGUAAUAGAGAUGAGCAAUAUAACAGGAGGAAAACACAUUUUAGCUUCAGAUAUAGCUGAGAACAAUGGCCUCAUUGAUGCUUUUGCGUCCCUUACAUCGGAAAAUGCUGAUACCACCCAGAAGUUACUUCAGCUUGAAAGUAAGGGUUUAACCCUGAACAAUGAUCCCUGGAUGAACGACACUGUAAUAAUCGAUAGCACUGUGGGAAAGGACACAUUCUUUCUUGUCACAUGGGAAAAACAGCCUCCCAGUAUUUCUCUCUGGAAUCCCAGUGGGACACUGACAGAAGCUUUCACACAGGACACUCUUUCCAAAAUGGCCUAUCUCAGUAUUCCAGGAACUGCACAGGUGGGCACUUGGACUUACAGCCUUCAGGCCAACUCAAACCCAGAAAUCCUGACUAUGACAGUAACUUCUCGGGCAUCAAAUUCUUCUGUGCCUCCCAUCACGGUGAAUGCUAAAAUGAACAAAGACACAAACAGCUUCCCCAGCCCGAUGAUUGUGUAUGCACAAGUUCUCCAAGGGUAUCUCCCCAUUAUUGGAGCCAAUGUGACUGCUUUCAUUGAAUCAAAGAGUGGAAAAAUGGAAGUUUUAGAACUUUUGGACAAUGGUGCAGGUGCUGAUUCUUUCAAAGAUGAUGGGGUCUACUCCAGGUAUUUUACAUCCUACUCAGAAAAUGGCAGAUAUAACUUGAAAGUGCGGGCUCACGGAGGAACAAACUCUGCCAGGCGAAGCUCACGGUAUCCACUGAAUAGGGCUGCGUAUAUACCUGGCUGGGUAGUAGAUGGGGUAAUUGAAGGAAACCCAUCAAGACCUGAAAAUGAUGAGGAUACUCAGGCAAUAUUGGAGAAUUUCAGCAGAACAGCAUCUGGAGGUGCAUUUGUGGUAUCACAAUUUCCAAACACUCCAAAUGUUCCCUUGCCUGAUGUAUUCCCUCCAAGUCAAAUCACAGACCUUGAUGCCACAUCAGAGGAUGAUCAGAUCAAACUAACAUGGACAGCACCAGGAGAUGAUUUUGAUGUUGGAAAAGUUCAACAGUAUAUCAUAAGAACAAGUGGAAGUCUCAUUGAUCUAAGAGACAAUUUUGACGACGCACUUCAAGUUAACACUACCGACCUAUUACCAAAAGAGGCCAACUUCAAGGAAACCUUUGUAUUUAAACCAGGAAAUGUCUCUGAAGAAAAUGUAACCCACAUAUACAUUGCCAUUCAAAGUGUUGACAAAAGCAAUUUGACAUCAAAAGUAUCCAACAUUGCACAAGUGGCUUUGUUUAUCCCUCAAGCAGAUCCUGGUCCUGAUGAAAGCCAACCAAAUCCUAAUCCUGGUGAAAGUCAUCCUAAUCAGAAUUCUGGAGUAAAUAUUUCUACUAUAGUGCUGUCAGUGGUGGGGUCUGUUGCAGUUGUUAGUAUUAUUUUAAGUACCACUAUUUGUAUCUUAACGAAGAGAAACUCUUCACGAAGACCUACAACAGCAUUUUAA